UCAUAAAGGUUCAUUUGGAUAAAGCACAGCAGAACAAUAUGGAAUACAAAGUUGAAACAUUUUCUGGUGUCUAUAAGAAGUUCAUGGAUUCAUCUAGUCUCUCUAGUUUCCUAUGGCACACUGAGGUACUGAAACUUGAAUCCAGGGAAGACAGGAAGUGCUAAGUCUGAGAGACAGUAGAGAGCUGUAUGGAGCUAUCCUGCCAUGGUCUCUCCUGCCCUCCUGUGUGACUGAUAAUGAGAAAGGAUGUGGAUGGGCCUCACUGGAGGAACGGCACCCAAGUGCCCUAUCUUUCCACUCUGAGUUCGGAUACAUCUCUGACAGAAGGGAAGUGGACAGACAGACGGCAAUUUAAUUUUAAUUGUGAUUGAGGAUUCCGAAGACGAAAUUAGGUUGAAGCAGAAGAAGAAGCAGAAGCAGAAGGAGCAACAGAAAAAAGAGAAAAAUAUAAAAGAAAGAAUAAAAGCAGCCAAGAAGAUCCAGGCCUGGUUGCGUGGAACCCCAGUAUGCCAGACAUUGUUACACGCAGCCCUCAAGGCCUGGAUCAUUCAGUGCUGGUGGAGACUGACAAUGGACAGGCUGCAGCAGAAGAAGCGGAGGGCAGCCCUGAUUUCCUACGCACACACAGAGAGGGCAGUGGUCAAGCUCCAGUCUUUGGUCCGUAUGUGGCACAUCCACUGGUGAUACUGCCAGGUGCUCAACGCCAUCUACAUGAUCCAGUACCACUGGCAAGGCCACAACUACCAGACCUGUGCUCUUCUCCGGGGCCACUGUGUAGUCACAGCCACUCACCUGCAGUUCCACAUUGAAAUCAUCAACCCCUAAGGGAUGGCAAGAAGCGGCACUGUCUCCUGUCCUCAGUAAAGGUCUAACCCGAUCUGGUAUGUCUCAUGGUCUCCCCACCAGCUAAUGGAAAUUUUAGGACUUAAGCCAUGCUGCCUCCUCUUCUCCCUGGGAAAGAACUUUAGUGAGGUUUUUCCUUCGUGCCCAUGAACCCUGUUCUGGACUGACAAUUCCAUAUGCUACUUACUUAGUUGUCAAAACAGAAACCAAGGUCCUAGUUUAAUAUAACAGAGCCAGAAAUCCCAGCUCCCAUCCCCAGCCCCAUUCCUUUCUUCUCGCCAGGAAUCUGCGAGACAGGUGAGCUACAUCUUCCUGAAGACUUUGGGUACCUCUGCACAUGAGAACAGACAGUGAGGGUCUUCUCUGUCCGCCUGCAGUUGGGGAUUGACUGGGAUCUCAGAUGCCUCAGACAAGCUUUUAUGGUACUGGCUAUCCAUCCCUGACACCCUAGCCCCCAGCGCUAUUCCAGGCAUCCGUGAAUGAGUUCUGGAGAAAUUUGUAUGAAGCUUGCAGAAUCCAAGGGGCCAGUUUACGAACCAACAGGAGCCAGGAUCAAGAGCUUGGGGUGGGUGUGCUCCUCUCAGCCAUGGGGGUGGCUGGGAGAUCACACCCAGAGCAACUAGACCUGCCCCAGGGUGUGCCAGGAAGGGAUCCUGAUGCCCUAUCAACAAUCACCCCUUCUUCUGAACCUCAAGAGCACUGGACAAGGCACUGGCUGGAACCAGAAGACCAGAACAGCCAUGGCCCAAAGCGCAAGCCCCAGGUACAGCGUGAGGGUCCUGAGAAGAAGAAGGGGCGUCAGGGUGCGCAAGAGGAGGACAGUUUCCACUCCACUGCCGAGGCCCCACCCACAGAGAAGCGCAUAGCCUAAGUGGACCCCCUGUGCCCACUCAGCUGCAACCCUGGGACCCAGGUGCAUGAAGACUACGACUGUACCCUGAACCAGACCAACACUGGGAGCAACAACAACAAGUUCUACAUCAUCCAGCUGCUGGAAGAAGGUGACUGCUUUAUCUGCUGGAACCGCUGGGGGCGCGUGGUGAAGGUGGGCCAGUCAAAACUCAGCCGCUUCAUGUCACUGGAGGAUGCACAGAAGGACUUUGAAAAGAAGUUUCGGGACAAGACCAAGAACAGCUGGGCAGAGCGGGACCACUUUGUGGCCCACCCCAGCAAGUAUACACAUGAAGUACAGAGAGAGGAUGAGGCCCAGGAAGCCAUGGUGAAGGUAGACGGAGGCCCAGUGAGGACCGUGGUUCGUGGUUCACAAGUGCAGCCCUGCUCCCUGGACGCAGCCACACAGAAGCUCAUCACCAACAUCUUCAGCAAGGACAUGUUCAAGAAUGCCAUGGCUGGGCUUCCCUGGUGGCGCAGUGAUGUGAAGAAGAUGCCCCUGGGGAAGUUGAGCAAGCAGCAGAUUUCCCGGGGUUUGGAGGCCUUGGCGGCAGUGGAGGCGGCCCUGAAAGCCCCCGCAGAUCGUGGUCUCAGCCUGGAGGAGCUGUCCUCCCACUUCUACACCAUCAUUCCCCACAACUUUGGCCGUAGCCAGCCCCCACCCAUCAACUCCCCGGAACUUCUGCAGGCCAAGAAGGAUAUGCUGCUGGUGCUGGCAGACAUCGAGCUGGCCCAGACCCUGCAGGCAGCCCCCGAGGAGACAAAGAAAGUGGAGGAGGUGCCACACCCACUGGACCGAGAUUACCAGCUCCUCAAGUGCCAGCUCCAGCUGCUGGACCCAAAGGCGCCUGAGUACAAGGUGAUACAUCCCUGCUUGGAAAAGACUGGCAGCAAGUACAGUUGCCCUGCACUUCAACAUAGUUGGACAGUGAACCGAGAAGGGGAGGGAGAUCAGUUCCAGGCCCACGACAAGCUGGGUAAUCGGAAGCUACUGUGACACGGCACCAACAUGGCUGUGGUGGCCGCCAUCCUCACCAGAGGGCUUCGCAUCAUGCCACAUUCUGGUGGCCGUGUUGGCAAAGGCAUCUACUUUGCCUCGGAGAACAGCAAGUCAGAUGGCUAUGUUACUGGCAUGUCCUGCGGGGCCCAUGACAUUGGCUACAUGUUCCUGGGUGAGGUGGCAGUGGGCAGAGAGUACCGCAUCGCCGUCUACGAGCCCAGCUUGAAGCAGCCACCCCCUGGCUUCGACAGUGUCAUUACCCGUGGCCACACAGAGCCUGUUCCAACCCAGGACACCAAGCUAGAGCUGGAUGGGCAGCGAGUGGUGGUGCCCCAGGGCCAGCCCAUGCCCUGCCCAGAGUUCAGCAGCUCCAGCUUCUUCCAGAGCGAGUAUCUCAUCUACCAGGAGAGUCAGUGCCGCCUAUGCUACCUGCUGGAGGUUCGCCUCUGAGCUGUCUGCCUGACCCGCCUCCCGUCCACCGCCAGGAGCUAGACCAUCAUCCUCAAUCUUCCUCCCAUCCCUGGUGGCCCCAUAUCACCCCUUCUUGCUCUCAAACCUCCCUCCUGUGUCCAGACAGUGAUCCCCUCUCCCUCUAAUCCUUGUUGGUCCUGGCAUGGCUGUGGCCUCAGUCUCACCUCCUAAGGUGAUGGGUGUGAUGGAUUGGCAUUAUUACUGGGACACGGAUACAGCAGCCUAUUCAAGCCUGUGUAGUUAGAGGGGCACAGGCUGAGAGUGGGCAGGUCCCACAACCACCCGGGCCAUCCACCCUGGCCCAGACUGUCCAUCCAAGAGAGGUGUGAUCACUGAGGUGAGCUGAACUUCAGACAUGCACAGGCAAGUGCACAUUGUAUUGGCUCACCCCCCUGACCUCUGCUUGUCUGUGCCAAAGCUGCACCAGGCCUGGGCCUCCUUGCUCUCCACAGUGACCCACCACACCACAUAGCAGUUCCAGCCCCACUCCAGGGAGUGACCACUCACACGGAGGACGUGGGUUGUACACACACUCCCACCCACCCUGGUCAGUCUACAUUGGUCACUGCAACGACUGGCCUCCUCUGAUCAUUGAGCCUCCAAAAGGGACCCUCCCCAUCAACUCAGAACUGUUGGUCAUGUGGGGACCCACCUGGUGAUUCUGUCCUUUAGCCCAGACGUGGCCAGGCAAAUCAAGCAUUCCUUGUGUCUUGGCACCAAACACCCAUGUGUGUCUUCUAUGUGAAUAUCAUAAAUGAAUUGAGAAUAUCUGCAAGCGGUGCAGCUCUGCUGUCAUGAAAGGAAUGCUAGUUAUCACCCCAGGCUACCCUGUCCACAAACAAGGGGUACAGAUGCUAGACAGCAGGUCAGGGUCCAGUGCAGUGUCACACACCACAUUUAGUUGUCAUGUCUCUUUGGUCUCCUUUCAUCUGAAACCAUUCUUCAGCCUUUUUUUUUUUCCUUCAUAACUUUGACACUCUUGACACUACUGAAGAGUACAGGCCAGUUGUUUUAUAGACUGUCUCUCAGUUCGGGUUUGUCUGAUGUUUUGCAGUGAUUAGAUUCAGGCAUUGCAGUUUGGGCAGGAACAUUACAUGAAUGCUGUGUCCUCGGUGCACUGUAUCAGGAGGGACAUGUCCCAUUCUUGGUGAUGUAAAUUUGGUUGCUCAAGGUCGUGUCCACCAGGUUUCUCCACUGGGAAGUUCCCAUUUCCCCCAUUUUUAAUUAAUCAGUAGUCUGUGGGGAAAUAUUUUGAGGUGUAAAUGUUCCAUUCCUCAUCAACUUUCACCCACUAGCUUUAAAAUCCAAUGAUGAUUUUUACCUGAAAUCGAUGACUUGAAUCGAUUUUUGCUAAGAUGGUUGCAAAUGAUAGUUAAAUAAUUUAAUUCCAUCAUUUCUUCUAUAUUUAUUAAUAAUAGCCCCCUUUGUUUAUUAUCAGUAUGGAUUUGUGGGUUCCUAUUUUAUGCAAUGGGUUAUAAUCCAUUACUGUUAUUAUUUUGAUCCUCAAAUUGUCCCAGCUUUGGCCAGCAGAAGGUCCUUUAAGCUGACUCCUGUGUCUACAUCAUUUUAUGAGCACUUCCUUAUGUUCUGGUAUCACACGAUGUUCCAGGCUCAUCUUGCACAAACCUAGAAUCAGCCAUUUCUCCAAGGAGCCCUGGUUCCCUAGAGCAGGAAAUGGUAUUUAGAAUCCAAGAUCUGGGCAGUAGGUAUGCUCUUUGGUACUGGGUGUCAUUGCUUUUCAGUCCCAGUAGCAAAGAGGGCUAGGAAAUAUGUAUAUGUAAAUAAACACAUCUAUCUGUGUCUGUUUCUCCAAUUCCAAUCCAACACCAUAUGGUCUUUCCAUUCUUCCCCAUAUCCAUAAUUUUACUCCCUUCUCCAACUGUCAGAACUUUGGUUCUCAUCAACAUCAGUAUAUUUACUUAUUUGCUCAAUCCCACACAAAAAGCAGUUUCAGAAUUGCUACACCCAAUACCAUUGUGAAAAACAAACUUUCUAAUUAGAGCUCAAGAUUUACUGAAUCAGUCAAGAUUAUCUUUUUGUCUUUAGACUGAGGGUCAAUGGUCAAAGCAACAAUUUGAACACAGGUUCAAAUGUUACUUGGAUUAGUUAUUUAUUUCCCUUCAGUGUGGUUAUACUAUUCAUUUGAAAUGCUGGUAGGUUCAUUUGCUUCUAUUUAUAUUCACUUUCAGGGUUUUUCUCAUCUUUGUUGAUUUAUUUUUUUCAACAUGCAGAGCAUUAACAUGGUCCUCAAAAGUCCAAUCUAUCCAAAUCUAUGCUCAGAAGAGUGUCCUCACUCCAUGCCCACCCACCUGCUGUAGUUUCUGGUUUAUCCUUCCUGCAUUUCUUUGGAAAAAAACCAAAAAACAAAAACAGACGAACUACAAAGUGUUUUGUGUGUGUGUGGGUUUUUUUUUUUGG